GCUUCAAUUUGUAGUGGGAUUAUUGGUUUGUUUCCAGUUACGGUGAUGUGUGCAACGGUGGGUAGAAGUCUUUUUCCCCGAGUAUCGGCGGCAGAUUCGGUUUUGUUUAUAUGUGACAUGCAGGAAAAAUUCAGAUUGAAUAUUAAAUACUUCCCGCAGAUAACGACAGUUUGUCGACGAAUGAUUGAAGCUGCUAACAUGCUUGGUAUGAAAAUUAUUGCUACUGAACAGUAUCCUCAGGGUUUGGGUCACACGGUGGAAGAAUUGGAGCUACAGAAAUACCAGAUUCCAAUAUUUGAGAAGAAGAAGUUCACCAUGUGUAUUCAACCCGUUAAUGAGAUUCUCAGCUCUUCAACUAGAUCAGUAAUUUUAUGUGGAAUUGAAACUCACAUUUGUAUAUUUCAUACUGCACUCGAUUUACUCGAAAAGAAUAUUGCUGUUCACGUUGUUGCAGACGCUGUUUCUUCGCGCUCCCAAGUCGAUAGGCUGUUUGGGCUGCGACAGAUGGAGCGUGCUGGAGCGAUAUUAACAACUAGCGAAUGCGUUAUUUUGGGCCUUUUGAAAGGAGCUGAUCAUCCGAAGUUCCGGGAAGUUCAAAAAAUCAUCUUGGAACUCGCUCCAGAUUCUGGCCUUUGCGCUAUUUGA